AUGGAGCCCAUCUCUGUGGUUGCUGCGUCGGUAGCGCUCGCGGCCGGCAUCGUGAAGACGGUGGCCACUAUCGCAGAGAUAUCCGUCGACCUGCGCGACGCAUCUGACGAUUUACGCGACAUUUCCAAUGAGCUGGCCCUUUUCCAGGCCUUUAUUACCCCACUCACCACUGGGCUCUCCCGCUUCGGCGCCCAGUCCAACCCGAUGCUGGGCCCUCUCCUGGAGCAGAUCAACAGCGCUGUUACCGGUGCGAUGGCGGUAGUUGAGAAGAUUGAAUCGCUCUUGGUCAAGUACCGGGGGCGAUUGACACUCUGGCUGAAGCUGCGGUGGUCGCUUUUUGGGGUCGAUCAGAUUCGGAAGCUGAGAGAAUCACUCGAGUCGUACAAGGUCGCACUGGGCAUCGGCCUCCAUCUGAUGUCAAUGUUGAAUGACACCGAAGUGAUUCGUGAGGUGGCCGAGGUGGUCAAGAUCCUGCAGAAAGACGAGAUCCUCAGCCGUCUCGUUACACAAGCAUCGCCGACGGAAUCACAAACCAAGGUUGAACAGUGGCUAGAGAAGAUGGCCGACUACACGACAUGCGGUGAGACAGCCUAUCAGGCCACCAUUCUUGAUCCAGAUGAGGAGCCGGCAAGACCUGCGAUCACCAGCAAUCCUAUCCCGGAGCUACCUGCACUUUCAGUGAGUGCGAGCGACUCACUAUUCGACAAAAAGGAUCAAGAAGCGCCGGUAAGAUUCGAUAAAGAGCCAUCCGAGAGUUUUCAAAGUGCAGAGGGCAGUAUUGGGUUCAGCUCCCCGCUGAACAAUCCAUCGACGACACACCUGUCUACAGUCACCAGUUCAGAUCUCGCAAGUAUACAAAGCAACGAUGUAACCAGCAUUUCCCGUACGACACUCUUUUCUUCAUUCAACCUGGAUGUUCAAAGCCAAGCCGGCAUGAGCGAAUCUUCCAUUCUUACCUCGCCAGUCCCAGAGCCUUCCAUCGCGUCUCCAAGCCCUCAACCCCAAACAGAGCGAGAAAUCAGCCAACCCGAGCCACUGCCGGGCAAUAGCGCAGCCAAAAGGAUAAAUUGGCAGCCACUGGUCCCUAGUUUCAUUACCGAAUUGCAUUUCCAAAAUAUUCAGAACGCUACACAGUUAGACAUGGAUGCUAUCCAGGUGUCGGAGAGGAGGAGACAUGCAUUAUCCGGCAAACACCGAGAGCAAGUGGACGCAAUGCUUCUGCGCAAGCUUUACCAGAACCCAGGAUCUCUCAAAACAAAGAGACGACUGUUCUGUGAAACGCUGCUCCAGAAAGGGGCCUCCAUUGAGGGAUCAAACGAUACCUCGACCAACCCGCUCAACGAAUUAAUAGUUCAGCGAGACUGGGAGACGCUAUGUCUGUUGUUGAGAUAUGGCGCCGAUCCAAACGGGUGUACGCUCCUCGAUCCUCGCCAGCCGCUGGCCGUCGCUGCAUGCAACAGCGUAACCUGCAUGUGCGCUUUGAUUCUAGCCGGAGCAGACAUACAAGCCACGGAACGGAGCGAAGACGUCUGCAACCGGUUCUGUGGCUCGGGAAGGGAGAUAGAGGGUCGAAUCUACUGCGCACCGCUCCUCUCCGCCUUUGCGGCAGUACGCCAGAAGGGUCAUAUAAAUAUCAAACAGUUUUGGAUCACCCACUUUCUGCUGAAGAACGGAGCCAAUGUCAAUUUCGAGUCGUGCACUACUGUGAUGGAUUUCAUGGUCCAGAGAUGGCCUGUUGCUAGCCAGUAUCGAAUGACGCAGCAUUUCCUCAAACACGGCAUUAACAUGUCGAGCCCCGGCCCGAAAACCCAGCUCCAGGAAGCAUGUAUUGCGGGAGAGACACGUCUCGUCCAGUUGUUGAUUGAUCAUGGCAUCGCUAGGAAGAACCCCUUUCUUGGCGAAUCCCCAGAGACGGACCCGAUCAUCCUCGCCGCAGCUCACCAGAAUUGGAAUUGUGUUGACAUUAUAAUGAGCUCCGUCACCAGCGCGAUUCACUACUUCAAUUUGGUUCAGGUUUUCAUGCUGGAAAGCCCGCUGGACCUGUCAUGGGAUGUUUUUCGACGCACCGUAGGCAAAUUUCGUACAAGUUCACAUAUCGACCUUGCAGCACGACUGCUCUGGCAUUAUCCGCGCCAGGUCUCGGGUUCCAGUGAACACGAAGCCGUCGAGGAGAAUAUCACAGUCAUAGAGCUUGGAGAAAGAAUUGUCAAUGAGAAUAAUCGGGAUCGCUCACAGGUCCUUGAACUAUUGAGAGAGGCCGGUGUUAGAGCUGAGUUGGAGGGCAAUUGA